UUUCAGUACUCGGGAUGGGAAAGCGAAUGUGUACCUGCUCCUUUCGUAGCACAGAGCAGUCUAGGCUGUGCUGUGGUGCUGAAACCUACUCGAGGAGACUUCCUACAUUAUAAUAUGGGCGAUGAUCUUCAUAUUGGCAUUUCAAAUUCAGUGUCUGUGGUGCAUUCCUACUGGGUAAAUGGCAUAUCUUCAGAAUGUGUUGGCUGGGAUAAGUCAAUAGUAGUCUGCCGUUUCAGUGAUGAUGAGGACAGGUUUGACUUCUUGCUGUCUUCCUUUCUUCGAGAAACUGCCAACAAUUUUGAACAAGAGUUCUAUGAUGACGCACGGUGGAACUGUUUCGAUUUUGUUAUGGAGUUCUUGCGCUUCAUCAAUUUCCGAAGAUACACGAAAAUAGAUUUCGUAUCAGAAUUUGUUCAAGGCGCUUUAAAUAGCGCAAUUAAGUAUAAUACGUUAGUGCACCGGGUUCAGGAACGUGGCCUUGUUCCAAAAAUACGAAGUUCAUUCGAAGAAGUUGAAGAGUCUGAACGUGCAGCUCAACAGCGGUUAGAGAAUCUUCUGUUCGAGGCGGAAGUGAUGUUGCGCGAAUAUGAGCAUUUGAAGCAAGGAAUACGUGUUUGA